UGGUCUGUCUGUAUCCGAAGUCGCAGUGGAAAGAAAUGCACAGAUACCAAAAAACCAAACCAGCGAGCAGCUAGCGGAUCCGGAUCAGAUACGGCUUUGUCGUCGCGAAACCCGACUUAAUUAAUAAUGUCAGACGCAUCCGCCUGCGGAUUGCCCCAGCCGUAGAAGGAGCGCUAGCCAGCGAGCGAGCGACAGAGAGAGCAGCAGCCAGAGGCGGAGGCGAAAGACAAAGUGCAUUUUCAGGGCGUGUUUUGUGCCCCCCCGUGCGCCUGCAAAACUCCCCCCUCCCCCAGCCUCACGGUCGCGACAAAAGGUUUGCCGACACAAAAGUUUGCCAACAUGCUGCAAGUUCGCGAUAUUCACCUGAGCGGCCAAUAAAACAAACAGCAAAUAAGAUAAAUCGCAAACUUCCUUUUCUCCGUGCGUGUGUUCUUCCGUGUGUGUGCGUGAGUGUCUCCAAUCUUUUUUGUCUACUCCAAAAACGCAGAAAGAGAAAGAAAAAUGUGUGCGUGUGUGUGUGUGAAAUAAAUUAAAGCAAAGCAAACGGCAAAACGGCAAAUAAUUGAGCAAAAGGCCAAGAGAGAAGAGCCGAGGAGAAAUAUAAUAAAUAGUAAUAGUAAGCGAAUAAGCCGAAGGAGGCGGAGCCGAGGAAGGGCAGAGAGGAGAGGAGGAGAGCGAAAAGUGUACAAGUUGUUGUUGCUGCGCAAGAGCGAAAAACCACCCAACCACCCACUGGCAAAUGGGGGCUCAGCAGGGAAAGGACAGGGGCGCCCACUCGGGAGGGGGCGGCUCAGCGGCCCCCGUCAGCUGCAUCGGUCUCUCCAGCAGUCCAGUGGCUUCGGUCUCCCCCCACUGCAUCUCCAGCUCCAGUGGCGUCAGCAGCGCCCCCCUCGGCGGGGGCUCCACGCUCCGCGGCUCCCGCAUCAAGUCCUCGUCCUCCGGCGUGGUCAGUGGCGGCGGCUCCGGCGGGGGCGGAGGGGGCUCCGGCUCAGGUCUGAGCCAGCGCAGUGGCGGCCACAAGGAUCCACGGUGCAAUCCCAGCGUGGGACUCAACAUAUUCACCGAACACAACGGUACCAAGCACAGCUCUUUUCGCGGCCAUCCAGGCAAAUAUCACAUGAACUUAGAAGCCCUGCUGCAGUCGCGUCCAUUACCUCACAUUCCGGCCGGCAGCGCGGCGGCCUCUCUUCUGGCGGAUGCGGCGGAGAUGCAGCAACAUCAGCAGGAUUCCGGUGGCCUGGGACUGCAGGGCUCCUCCCUGGGCGGUGGCCACAGCUCGACCACAUCGGUGUUUGAAUCCGCCCACCGUUGGACCUCCAAGGAGAACCUCUUGGCCCCCGGCCCCGAGGAGGAUGAUCCACAGCUGUUUGUGGCUCUGUACGACUUUCAGGCCGGCGGCGAGAAUCAAUUGAGCCUGAAGAAGGGCGAGCAGGUCCGCAUCCUGAGCUACAACAAGUCGGGCGAGUGGUGCGAGGCGCACUCCGACUCCGGCAACGUGGGAUGGGUGCCCUCCAACUACGUGACUCCGCUCAAUUCGCUGGAGAAGCACUCCUGGUACCAUGGUCCCAUCUCGCGCAAUGCCGCCGAGUAUCUGCUGAGCUCCGGGAUCAACGGCAGCUUCCUGGUCCGCGAAAGCGAAAGCUCACCGGGUCAGAGGAGCAUCAGUCUCCGAUACGAGGGUCGCGUCUAUCACUACCGCAUCUCAGAGGAUCCCGAUGGCAAGGUCUUCGUCACCCAGGAGGCCAAGUUCAACACUCUGGCCGAGCUGGUGCAUCAUCACAGCGUGCCCCACGAGGGCCACGGCCUCAUCACACCGCUCUUGUAUCCGGCGCCCAAGCAGAACAAGCCCACCGUCUUCCCGCUGAGCCCCGAGCCGGACGAGUGGGAGAUCUGCCGGACGGACAUCAUGAUGAAGCACAAACUGGGCGGAGGGCAGUAUGGCGAGGUGUACGAGGCCGUUUGGAAGCGGUACGGCAAUACGGUGGCUGUUAAAACGCUCAAGGAGGACACCAUGGCUCUGAAGGACUUCCUCGAAGAGGCGGCCAUCAUGAAGGAAAUGAAGCACCCCAAUCUGGUGCAGCUCAUAGGUGUUUGCACCAGGGAACCGCCCUUCUACAUCAUCACCGAGUUCAUGUCGCACGGCAAUCUGCUGGACUUCCUGCGCUCCGCCGGCCGCGAGACGCUCGAUGCCGUGGCGCUGCUCUACAUGGCCACGCAGAUAGCAUCGGGCAUGAGCUACUUGGAGUCGCGCAACUACAUUCACCGCGAUCUGGCCGCCCGCAACUGCCUGGUGGGCGACAACAAGCUGGUCAAGGUGGCCGACUUCGGGCUGGCGCGCCUGAUGCGAGAUGAUACGUACACGGCGCAUGCCGGUGCCAAGUUCCCGAUCAAGUGGACCGCACCGGAGGGACUGGCGUACAACAAGUUCAGCACCAAGUCGGACGUGUGGGCCUUCGGGGUGCUGCUGUGGGAGAUCGCCACGUACGGGAUGUCGCCGUAUCCGGGCAUCGAUCUGACCGACGUGUACCACAAGCUGGAGAAGGGCUAUCGCAUGGAGCGGCCCCCCGGCUGUCCGCCGGAGGUGUACGACUUGAUGCGCCAGUGCUGGCAGUGGGAUGCCGCCGACCGGCCCACGUUCAAGAGCAUACACCAUGCGCUGGAGCACAUGUUUCAGGAAUCGUCCAUCACCGAAGCGGUCGAGAAGCAGCUGAACGCCAACGCCACCAGCGCGAGCAGCUCCACAGCACCGAGCACAUCGGGCGUGGCCAGCGGCGGAGGAGCCACAACCACGACGGCGGCCAGCGGUUGCGCUUCCUCAUCCUCGGCCACCGCCUCGCUCAGCCUCACACCGCAGAUGGUGAAGAAGGGUCUGCCCGGCGGUCAGUCGCUCACGCCGAAUGCCCACCACAACGAUCCGCACCAGCAGCAGGCCAGCACGCCCAUGUCAGAAACCGGCUCCACUUCCACCAAGCUGAGCACCUUCUCCAGCCAGGGCAAGGGCAACGUCCAGAUGCGUCGCACCACCAACAAGCAGGGCAAGCAGGCACCGGCACCACCGAAGCGAACCAGCCUGCUCUCGAGCAGUCGGGACUCCACUUAUCGCGAGGAGGAUCCUGCCACCGCCCGAUGCAAUUUCAUCGACGACCUCAGCACGAAUGGUAUACACAAAUUGAAAACUGCCAACUAUUUCAGCCAGACCCUCUCUAGAAAUUUCAAGACCCAAAUUCCAACCCACCACACACACCAAAUACGUACACAACAACUGCAACAACAACAACAGUCCGUACAACAACAAUCCGUACCACUGCCAGUACAGCAACAACAACCACCACAACAUCAACAACAGAAACAACAACAGUAUUCCAUUAAGAAAUCGUCCUCCUGCAGUAGUUUUCUUUACGACAUCCUAUUUCGAGGUCUAGCCCGGGACAUCAACAGUUUGACGCAGCGCUACGACUCGGAAACGGAUCCCACUGCCGACCCGGACACAGACGCCACGGGCGAUAGUCUGGAGCACAGUCUGAGCCAUGUGAUCGCCGCUCCUGCCACCAACAAGAUGCAGCAGUCUCUCCACGGCGGAGGCGGAGGCAUUGGUCCUCGCUCCUCGCAGCAGCACAGCUCCUUCAAGCGGCCAACCGGUACGCCCGUGAUGGGCAACCGCGGUCUGGAGACCCGGCAGAGCAAGCGUUCCCAGCAGCAUCCACAGGCUCCGGCUCCAGCACCGCCGCCAAAUCAACUGCAUCAUGGCAACAAUGGAGUGGUGACCGGGGCCCAGCCGAUCACCGUGGGCGCUCUGGAGGUGAUGAAUGUCAAGCGGGUGGUGAAUCGCUACGGAACACUGCCCAAGGUAACCAGGAUCGGUGCCUAUCUGGACAGCCUGGAGGACAAUAGUGAUGCUACAACUGCUCCACCGGCACCUGCUCCUGCUCCGCCCCCGGCCAAUGGACACGCCACGCCACCGUCGGCCAGAAUGAAUCCGAAGGCCAGCCCCAUUCCGCCGCAGCAGAUGAUCCGGAGCAACUCAUCAGGUGGUGUGACCAUGCAGAACAAUGCAGCUGCCAGUCUGAAUAAGCUGCAGCGUCAUCGCACCACCACCGAGGGCACCAUGAUGACGUUCUCCUCCUUCCGGGCCGGCGGUUCCAGCAGUUCACCCAAGCGAAGUGGUUCGGGAGUGGCAGCAGGCGUCCAACCGGCUCUAGCCAAUCUGGAGUUUCCACCGCCGCCGCUGGACUUGCCCCCGCCACCCGAGGAAUUCGAGGGGGCACCACCACCUCCUCCGCCGGCGCCCGAGAGCGCUGUGCAGGCCAUCCAGCAGCAUCUGCAUGCCCAGGUGCCAAACAAUGGCAAUAUCAGCAACGGAAACGGAACCAACAACAACGACAGCAGCCACAACGAUGUGAGCAACACAGCUCCCAGUGUGGAGGAGGCCAGCUCCAGAUUCGGAGUGUCCCUAAGAAAGCGCGAGCCCUCCACCGACUCCUGCAGCUCGCUGGGCAGUCCACCCGAGGAUCUCAAGGAGAAGCUGAUCACCGAGAUCAAGGCAGCCGGCAAGGAGAAUGCUCCGGCCUCGCAUGUGGCCAACGGUUCCGGAAUCGCAGUCGUGGAUCCCGGCUCCUUGCUGGUUACUGAGCUGGCCGAGAGCAUGAACCUGCCCAAGCCGCCGCCGCCGCAACAGCAGCAGCAGAAGCUGACCAACGGCAAUGGUUCCGGAUCCGGAUUCAAGGCUCAGCUUAAGAAAGUCGAGCCCAAGAAGAUGAGCCCGCCGAUGGCCAAGGCGGAGACCGCCAGUACCAUCAUUGACUUCAAGGCCCAUCUGCGUCGGGUGGACAAGGAGAAGGAGCCGCCAGCUCCAGCUGCAGCUCCGGUAGCAUCCCAAACCGUAACCAACAAUGCCAACUGCAAUACAACGGGCACCUUGAACCGGAAGGAGGAUGGUAGCCGGAAGUUCGCCCAGGCCAUGCAAAAGACUGAAAUCAAAAUCGAUGUGACGAAUUCGAAUGUGGAGGCGGAAACAGCAGCAGCGGGCGAGGGCGAUCUCGGCAAGCGACGAAGCACAGGUAGUAUUAAUAGCUUAAAGAAACUGUGGGAGCAGCAGCCCCCGGCUCCGGAUUAUGCCAGCAGCUCCAUUCUGCAGCAGCAGCCAACGGUGGUGAAUGGCGGCGGAGCACCAAACGCCCAGCUGUCGCCCAAGUAUGGGAUGAAAUCGGGAGUCACCACCGCUAUCGGUGGCACCCUGCCAGCCAAGCCGGGCAAUAGGCCGCCACCGGCAGCCCCACCACCACCGCCCCCGAACUGCACCACCUCCAACUCCUCCACCACAUCCACUAGCACCUCUAGUAGAGAUUGCACCAGCAGGCAGCAGGCCGGCAGCACAAUAAAAACCUCUCAUUCAACGCAACUCUUCACAGAUGACGAGGAGCAAUCGCAAUCGCAGCCAGAGGGACUGGGAGGCCAGGUGGCAGCGGACAUGACCCAGUCGCUGUACGAGCAGAAGCCGCAGAUCCAGCAAAAGCCAGCGGUGCCGCACAAGCCCACCAAGCUGACCAUCUACGCCACGCCCAUAGCCAAGCUGGCCGAGCCGGCCAGUUCCGGAUCCGCCAGCUCCACCCAGAUAUCGCGGGAGAGCAUCCUCGAGCUGGUGGGUCUGCUGGAGGGCUCGCUCAAGCACCCGGUGAACGCCAUCGCUGGUUCGCAAUGGCUGCAGCUGAGCGACAAGCUCAACAUUCUGCACAACUCGUGCGUGAUCUUUGCGGAGAACGGGGCGAUGCCGCCGCACUCCAAGUUCCAGUUCCGGGAGCUGGUCACGAGAGUUGAGGCGCAGUCGCGGCACCUGCGCACCGCCGGCAGCAAGAACGUCCAGGACAACGAGCGCCUGGUGGCCGAGGUGGGCCAGUCGCUGCGCCAGAUCUCCAAUGCGCUCAACAGGUAAAUGAUAAGACGGGGGAUGGACGCGCCCGACCAACAUCAGGGCAUCUGGCUGGAUGCCGAGGGCAACUUCAUCAAGCGCAAGUGAUGGGGCCCCAUCUGUAGACCCAAUCAUCCAACCACACCAUCCCCCGUGGAACCGGAAAUGCAAAUGGAAGCGGAGCCAGCGAAGGCAGCGAGACGGGAACAGGAAAAGGAAAGCAGGAAAUGAAACUUCAAGCCCAGCGAAGAAGGAAGGACAACUACAGUAGCAGCAGGAGGAGGAGCAGCAGCAACUAAAACCGGAGGAGGACACCUAUGUAUCGUACUUGGUAGCGUGUAGUAGUAGCUUCUAUUAUAUAUACCCAUAUAUAUCUAGUCAGAUCUGUGCAGAGCCCCGACGAACGCUUCCAGAAAACAAAAACAAAAAUCAAGUUAGAAAAACAAACAUGAAAUCAGUAAACAAUGAGUUGCAAAGCAAAUUUGGGUAAGGUCUCGCGGGAGGAUCCUUGUUUUUAAUAAUGUAAAGUAAGGGCACCCCUCCUCCCACCCACUCAGCCCCUUUCCAACCGCCCCCCAACCCUCAAACGUAUUCGCGCUUAGUUUGUUUUAUAUACGUAGAAAGACACAAGACAUGGCUUAAGAAUAAAAGGAAAUAUAUUCAUAGAAUAUCUCAAUAAACUUAGUAAUUACAAAGAAAACGCAAUGCAUAUACACAUAUACAUACAUAUAUUUACAUAUACUAGUCGUAAAAUGUUUUAUUAUACCUAUACAUUUACAUACUUCUACAAGAUAAACAGAUAAAGAUAAAGAUAUUAUACUAUAUUAUACAUUUAACGACCACAACACUCCCCCUUUGAGAGAACGGAAACGGAACUUGAUACUUCUUCGGAACGCGUAGGCGCGACUUCUUUUCGAUCGUGUGUUUUAAGGCCUGCAGCAUAUAUGUCUAUGAUCAUGAUCUAUAUGUACUCGGCGUAUCCAUUACAUACACAGUAGCGAAGCCCAAAGAUAUUAUUAUUAACUGAUAAACUACAACUACUACUACUCAAAUUGAUAUGUUUAGUGGCAAAGACUAAAUUGAUUUAUGUUUAAUCUGUGUUCGAGUACGAGGCGCAUCGAAAUGCUUUUAAGACGUAUUACACAACCAAUUGUAAUUAUUAUCUGAUAUUUUCAAGGAUUUUAAACAACUUUUAUACGUAAACAAAAAUCACAUAAGCAACAAAAAAAAAAACAAAAAACAAAAACCAAAUAAAUUUAUUUCAAAAUAAA